ACAUUCUUGGUUAAUAUGCUACAGAUAUUCCAAGCAGUACUGCGUUGCAUCAAAUUUUGGGCCAAAAGACGAGGAGUUUAUGGAAAUUUGCUUGGAUUCUUUGGAGGAGUUCACUUGGCUGUGCUUUCAGCGUUUAUCUGCCAAAGGCAUCCAUCCGCCAGCUUAAGCGCACUCAUUUUACUUUUCUUCAAGACAUUUGGCUUAUGGCCUUGGCCAACUCCUGUAAUUUUGCAAGAGACUAUAGCUCGGCCAUUCAUCCCCACUGAUAAGGUGUCGUGGAUGCCAAUCCAGUUACCGUGUAGCCCAUACGAAUUUUGUCAUUCCAACAUUACCAGAAGUACAUUCUAUAAAAUCAGGACCGAAUUCCUAAGAGGUCAUAUGCUGACUAAGGAUAUGCUGAGGCCAGAUUUUGAUUGGAAUAUCCUUUUUGAGCCAUUUCCUUAUGCAAGAAGAUAUGGACUCUUCGUCAAAAUUUUCCUCUCAGCUUGUGACAAAGAUGAGUUAGGAGACUGGGUGGGUUGGAUCAAGUCACGCUUUCGCUCUUUACUUGUCAAGGUAUGUCUCUGCGGCUGACUUGCUUUCUCUGUUAUAGUAAUGAUAUUAUCACUAUUU